GAGGAUGUCUGGAAACAGCAGAUGAAGAAGAGGGUGGCCAGAAAACAACCCAAGACCACCCCAGUGGCCAAGCAUCCAAGGAAAGGGUCCCACAAGGACUGUGAUGGCCAUAGGAAUCUGAAGUCCUCUACUAAUGAUAUCUUAGAAGCUGUGAAGACUGCCAAGAGUGCCAUGCAGGUUGUAGUGGAUGACUGGUUGGAAAGCUACAAGCAAGAUCAAGUUUCAGGAUUUCUGGAGCUCAUAAACUUUUUCAUUGGAGCUUGUGGAUGCAAGGGCAUAGUAACUCAUGAGAUGUUCAAGACCAUGCAGAAUUCAGAGAUCAUCCAGCAGCUAACAGAGAAAUUUGAUGAGGAUUCUGUAAAAUACCCACUGGCAGCACCAGGUCCAGCCUGGAGGAAAUUCAGAAGCAGUUUCUGUGAGUUUGUUGCUGCACUGGUGUGUCAGUGUCAGUACAGCUUCCUCUAUGAUGACUUCCUCAUGGAUACCCUCAUCUCUCUUCUCACUGGUCUAUCUGAUUCUCAGAUCCGUGCUUUCCGUCACACUAGCACUCUGGCUGCCAUGAAGUUAAUGACUGGCCUAGUGAGAGUUGCCCUUCACCUGAGUCUCCAAAAAGACAACAAUCAACGACAAUAUGAAGCUGAACGCAACAAGGGGCUGGGACAUAGGUCCCCUGAACGUCUAGAGUGCCUGUUGGAGAAACGGAAAGAGCUCCAAGAACACCAAGAAGAGAUUGAAGGAAUGAUGAAUGCCAUCUUUAGAGGUGUUUUUGUACACCGGUACAGAGAUGUCCUCCCAGAGAUCCGUGCCAUCUGCAUGGAAGAGAUUGGAACAUGGAUGCAAAGUUACUGCACAUCUUUCCUCACUGACAGCUACCUCAAGUACAUUGGCUGGACCUUACAUGAUAAGCAACGAGAGGUUCGUCUAAAGUGUUUGAAGGCUCUUCAAGGCUUAUAUGGCAACCGGGACUUCAUUUCCUGUCUGGAACUUUUUACCAGCCGUUUUAAGGAUCGAAUGGUUUCCAUGGUGAUGGACCGAGAAUAUGAUGUAGCUGUGGAGUCCAUCAAGUUACUGACCUUAAUUCUGAAGAACAUGGAGGGAGUACUGACAGACACUGACUGUGAGAGCAUCUAUCCUGUGGUGUAUGCCUCCAACCGACCUUUGGCCUCUGCUGCAGGGGAAUUUCUAUAUUGGAAGCUUUUCUUCCCUGAGUGUGAGGUAGGAGUGACAAGUGGAAAAGAGCAGCAUUACAGCCCUCGAAGGAAUUUCUUCUAUCUUCUGCUAGCUUUCUCCAUGGAGAGUGAGCUCCAUGACCAUGCAGCUUAUCUGGUGGACAGCCUGUGGGACUGUGCAGGGCCUCACCUGAAGGACUGGGAGAGUUUGACAGGGCUGCUGCUGGAGAAGGAUCAGAGCCUGGGGGAUGUGCAGGAGAAUACUCUGAUAGAGAUUCUUGUGUCUAGUGCCCGUCAAGCUACAGAGGGUUCCCCUCCUGUGGGGAGGGUCACUGGGAGAAAGGGUUUCACUGCUAAAGAGCGUAAGAUCCAGGCAGAUGACAAGAUGAAAUUGACAGAGCACCUCAUUCCUUUGCUGCCUCAGCUUCUAGCCAAGUUCUCAGCUGAUGCAGAAAAAGUGUCCCCCCUGCUUCAGCUUCUCAACUUCUUUGACCUCAACAUCUACUGCACAGGACGUUUACAGAAACACUUAGAAUUGCUCCUUCAGCAACUUCAGGAAGUAGUGGUGAAGCAUACAGAACCAGUGGUGUUAGAAGCUGGAGCACGUGCUCUCUACUUGCUCUGUGCCCCGGAAUUCACCUUCUUCAGCCGUGUAGACUUUGCCCGAAGCCAGCUAGUAGACUUGCUGACUGAUCGAUUUCAACAGGAGCUAGAAGAGCUACUACAGGGCUCCUUCUUGGAUGAGGAUGAGGUGUAUAAUAUGGCAGCAACUUUAAAGCGUCUUUCUGCCUUCCACAAUGCCCAUGAUCUAACACGUUGGGAGCUGUAUGAUCCAUGUUGCCGACUCCUACAAAAGGCUGUGGAUACUGGAGAUGUUCCCCGACAAAUAAUCCUUCCAGCACUGACUCUCAUCUAUUUCUCUAUCCUUUGGACAUUGGCUCAUGUCUCUGGAUCAAAUUCUUCACAGAAACAGGUGCUAGGCUUGAGGGGUAAACUGUUGACCUUCUGUGAUCUCUGCCAAAGCUGUCUUUCAGAUGUGGAUUCAGAGAUUCAAGAACAAGCUUUCAUCUUAUUAAGUGACCUGCUCCUCAUCUUCAGCCCUCAGAUGAUAUUGGGGGGUCGGGAUCAUCUGAAACCUCUCAUCUUCCUUCCUGAGGCCACCCUGCAGUCAGAGUUAGCCAGCUUCCUAAUGGACCAUGUCUUCAUCCAGCCAGGAGAGCCAGGCAGUGGUAUUAGAGAGGAGUCGAGACUGUGGAUUGAACAGCUGCACCAGCGUCGUCGUCUCUUGGCUGGAUUCUGUAAGCUAUUGCUCUAUGGGGUUCUAGAGAUGGAAGCAGCCUCAGAUAUCUUCAAGCACUACAACAAGUUCUACAAUGACUAUGGUGACAUCAUCAAGGAAAUACUAACACGGUCAAGACAGAUCAACAGAAAGCAGUGUUCUCAAACUCUGUUGCUUAGUCUUAAACAGUUGUACACAGAGCUGUUACAGGAACAUGGGCCAAGGGGCUUGGAUAGUCUUCCAGCCUUUAUGGAGAUGAGGGAUCUGGCCCGAAGGUUUGCCUUGAGCUUUGGACCUCAGCAGCUGCAGAACCGUGACCUUAUCGUCUUGCUGCACAAAGAAGGCAUCAAGUUUUCCCUGGCAGAGUUGCCUCUGUCCGGCUCCUCAGAUCAACCUCCCAAUUUGGCAUUUUUGGAGCUGCUUGAAGAAUUUUCACCUCGUCUCUUCCACCAGGAUAAACAGCUCUUACUGUCAUAUUUGCAAAAGUGCCUACAUCAGGUCCCACAACUAUCUACCCAUUCUUGGAGCCCAGUCAUUUCCUAUUGCCGUUCCCUUAACUCACAAGAAAACAGUGCCGAAAGCAGUUCUCAAGGGCAUCCCCAGCCCAAGAAGAGACGCAUAGAAGCCACUACCAAGCAGGGUCAAGAACUCUUCUGCCCACCUCAGGAACAGAGCCUACUUUUGAGCAGUGCCCCACAGACUCCCACAUUCACCUCUACUACUGUGAAAGGGAGGUAUUCCCUUUGGAGACUAAAGGAUGAAGAAGAGGACUCUGCAUCAGAGUUUACCCAAAGCCAGCUAUCCUUGCCUUCCCAAAAGCCCAAACACUCAAACCCAGAGAGUUUCCACAACACUGUACAUAGCCACUAUGGACCUAGUCUGGGCAGUCGGCUAACCCGACUCAGCCUUAUGGAGGAGGAUGAGGAGGAUGAGAUAGUAAUAGAAGAGUCAAGUGAAGAGGAAGCAGGGGAAUGGGAAGACAUAGACAAGAAUUCACACCCUCAUUCUUCCCUCAAAUAUCAACGUGACCUCUUUGACUCUGCAGAGGCUGACAGUAAUGAUUUCUGAAACCAUGCUGUGCUUUCUUCAAGCUGAUUGCCCAGUCAUCAAUAUGAUUACUUGGAAUAUAAAAAAAAAGUCUGAAACCAUCCCAGUCACAGAGGAAAAAUAAAGGAGGAGCUUUCACACCUGUUUUCCUCCUCUCCCAAUUUUCUCUUAUCUCUUAUUUAUUCCCCAUGAGUUUCGGAUUGGAAAAGCCAUGGCUUUCCUAUUCUUCCUGAUUCAUGUUUAACCAGGGUUUUGUCUCGCUUGUUAUUGAGAUUUGAGUUUCCUUACACAAUAAUUUGGGAGAGGAGAG